GAGGGGGGGGCCGGUGCCGGUGCCGGCGGGGCACGUGCGGGGGGGCGCGGGGGGGCGCGCGGGGGCCGGUUGGGGGGGGCGGGGCCGGCGGGGGGGGGCGGGUCCUGGGAGCCGAUUAAGCGGCGGGAGCCGGGGCGGCCGCAGCCGCGAUCGCACCGUCCCCCGCGGGGCAGCACCGGCACCGCAACCGGCACCGCAACCGGCACCGCCGCCUCCAGCGCGCCCGGCCCGGCCCGGCCCGCUCCGGGAACAAUGGCAGAGACAUUCCUUGUGGAGAGCCCCGACGUCACGUACAGCAAAGACUUCAUCGAGGCCAAGUACACGUACAGCACCGUGCACGUCUGCAAGGAGAAUGGUGUCACCAAGGUGCGGCCGUGCUCGACCCGCUUCACCUUCCGGACGGGGCGGCAUGUCCCUCGCCUGGGGGUGAUGCUGGUGGGCUGGGGGGGCAACAACGGCACGACGGUGACGGCGGCCGUGCUGGCCAACAAGCUGGGGCUGUCCUGGAUGACCAAGACGGGGCGCAAGAAAGCCAACUACUAUGGCUCCCUGCUCCAAGCCUCCACCGUCUGCCUGGGCACCGGCCCCACCGGCGACGUCUACGUGCCUUUCCGCGACCUGCUGCCCAUGGUGCACCCCAACGACAUCAUCUUCGACGGCUGGGACAUCUCCUCGCUGAACCUGGCGGAGGCCAUGCGGCGGGCAGAGGUGCUGGACUGGCCGCUGCAGGAGCAGCUCUGGCCCCACCUGGAGAAGAUGAAGCCCCGACCCUCCAUCUACAUCCCUGAGUUCAUCGCCGCCAACCAGGAGGAGCGGGCGGACAACGUCCUCCACGGGUCCAUGGCUGAGCAGAUGGAGCAGAUCCGCAGGGACAUCCGGGACUUCAAGGAGACCAGCGGGGUGGACAAAGUCAUCGUCCUCUGGACGGCCAACACGGAGCGCUUCUGCGAUGUGGUGCCGGGGCUCAACGACACCGCCGACAACCUGCUGCGGGCCAUCGAGCGAGGCCUGGAGGUGUCCCCGUCCACGCUCUUCGCCGUGGCCAGCAUCCUGGAGGGCUGCGCCUACAUCAACGGCUCCCCCCAGAACACCUUCGUGCCGGGGGCGGUGGAACUGGCCGCCCAGCGCCGCGUCUUCAUCUGCGGCGACGACUUCAAGUCGGGUCAGACCAAGCUGAAGUCGGUGCUGGUGGACUUCUUGGUGGGCGCCGGACUCAAGACCAAGUCCAUCGUGAGCUACAACCACCUGGGGAACAACGAUGGGAAGAACCUCUCGGCCCCGCAGCAGUUUCGCUCCAAGGAGAUCUCCAAGAGCAACGUGGUGGACGACACGGUCCAGGCCAACCCCAUCCUCUACGGCCCCCAGGACAAGCCUGACCACUGCGUGGUGAUCAAGUACGUGCCCUACGUGGGGGACAGCAAGCGCGCGCUGGACGAGUACACGUCGGAGAUCAUGAUGGGCGGCACCAACACCAUCGUCAUCCACAACACGUGCGAGGACUCGCUGCUGGCCAGCCCCAUCAUCCUGGACCUGGCCAUCCUGACGGAGCUGUGCCAGCGCAUCACCUUCUGCACCGAGGCCGACCCCGAGUUCCAGGGCUUCCACAGCGUCCUCUCCAUCGUCGCCUUCCUCUGCAAGGCCCCGCUGGUGCCCGAGGGCACCCCCGUCGUCAACGCCCUCUUCCGCCAGCGCAGCUGCAUCGAGAACAUCCUGAGGGCCUGCCUGGGGCUGCCCCCCCAGAACCACAUGCUGCUGGAGCACAAGAUGCAGCGGCCAGUGCCCAGCCCCAAGCGCUCCUGCCCCGGGGGGGCCACCUGCCCCCUGGCCCCCAAGAAGGUGCCGGCGGCUGCCCAGCUCAACGGGCACCCCUGUGCCGGCGCCCCCCGGCCGGGACCCCCCCGCACCCCCCUCCACGUCGACGGGGCUGACUAACGGCGGGUGCCUUUUUGUAUUUCGUAUCAGCUUUUUAGGGGGAGGGAGGGGGGGGGGUGGCUUUGGGGGGUGGUGGGGGUGGUGGGGGGGGAAAGGUGGGGGUCCACAACCUGUCCGUCCCCCCGCUUCCCCGAGCGCUCGGUGCUGCCCAGCUCCGACGCCAACUCGACACUGUGAAGCUUUGUACCCGCCAAUAAACCCGCAGCGCAGCGCGGCCCCCCCCCCGUCUCGCCUGCUCCCUGGGCGCCCCCCACCCCCAUCCUCCCCCCCCGCCCCGCAGCGAGAGCCGAACGCCGGCGCCUUCUGAAAAAAAAUCAAAUUACAUUUAUUGAUGCGGGGGGGGGUGGGGGGUGGUUUUUUUUGUUGUUUUAGGGGGUUGUUUUU